AUGGCCUCCACCGGCGACUGUACGGAAGUCACCCUUCUUGUGCCUUUGCGCCCUCCGUACCACUGCCCACCAUGUAUGCCAUAUUAUCGAGAUUACGUCGACCACGGCGGCCUAGCCCGGCACCUCCGCCGCGGCCACAGAGGCAAAUUGAACUUUGAAUGUCGUGCUUGCGAUAAACGCUCCGACAAGCUCAAAGAAAUAAAGCUUCACCAGUCUAAGUCCACAAGCUGCUCCAGCCAGAUACCGACCAUCUCGCCUAACAGCACCAGGGACCCAAAGCAACGCCAACGUGUACCCGUCGACCCUACCAGGCUACGACCCUACCGGUCAACACGCAGACGGAAUGCAGCCUGCCCAGCCCCCCAGGACAGCAGCUGCAUCGACGCCGACCACAGUCCGCCUCUGUCGCCAACCAACAACCAAGUAGCCAACCCUACUCCUGGUCAAUCCAGCUCCCUGGCGUGCCCUGACGACACAUCUGUCACCCCUCGUGACACCGGCAGCGACAUCACUCCACCGCUCAUCAGACGUCCUCGCCGCCGCCGCCAUCGUCGCCCUUCCACACAAGUUCCUGCUGCUGUUACAGGCUCCGGUACCCCUCCUGGCACCAACACCACCACCAAUGCCAGCCCUACUGUCGACGCCACUCCUUCAAACGAGCCAGCCACCCAACCGCCGGCCGCUGUCGACCCCAUAUGCCAGCCAGUCACUACCACCUACUCUGACAACCAGCCCGCCACAAUGGCCGCCUCUCCAGAUGCCAGCCAACCUGCCGCCAGCACCACUGCCAGCCCCCCACAGUGGGUCACCGCCUGGUGCGAGCGUUUUGACUGUGCCAUCGACGAAGACAUGCUGGAAGUCAUGGUGAAUGACCUCACCUACCUGGCCCAACGCAUGUCCCCUCGACAGCCAACACAAACCAACAACUACCAACGUCAACCUCGUCAUCCUACUGGCCAGCGCAACAAUGCCAACAGGCCCCGCAGGUACAACGCCGCCGAAGCAAGCAGAGUCCAGCGGCUCUACCGUGCCAAUAAAAGAAAGGCCUUUGAAGAAAUCACAAGAGGCACCAGCAGAUUCUGCCAGAUCGGUAAGUCCGCUCUCACUGAUCACUUUAAUGCCAUUAACAGCCAACCUUCCGGGGACUCGGGACCCACCAGUGACCAGCUGCCACCACCCCUCCAACCAACGAGCGACGACCCCCUCAACUGCACCUUCACCCCUGUUGAGGUCUCGUCUAAACUCGCCAAAUGCCACAACACAGCGCCGGGCCCUGAUGGCGUCCGCUACUACACCUGGAGACGUCUCGACCCUCAGGGCCACAUCCUUGCAUUGCUGUUUAACGCUGUCCACCGCAUUGGAGCCAUCCCAUCGGCAUGGAGAACCUCGACCACAAUCCUCCUCCACAAGAAGGGCAGUCACGACGACGUCCGCAACUGGCGUCCUAUCGCUUUAGCAAACACCCUUGGUAAGAUCUACGCCGCCUGCAUCGCUAAUCGCCUCCUGCGCUGGUGUGAAGAGAAUAACACCAUUUCCACCGCGCAGAAAGGCUUUAUGCGAUUUGAGGGCUGUUCCGAGCACACAUUUGUGCUCCAAUCCAUCAUUCAGGACGCCCGGCGUAGAAACAAAGAGUGCCACGUGGCGUGGUUGGACCUUGCCAAUGCCUUUGGCUCGGUCCCACACUCCACCAUCCUCUCCUGCCUAAAGUGGUGUGUCCUCGGCCCGCAGUCCAUCUACCGUAUCCAGCAACUCCUAUCUGGCUGCCAUACCCACAUCUGUUCCUGUACCGGACUUACGGACCCCAUUCCCAUCCUUGCAGGGGUCAAACAGGGCUGCCCCCUCAGCCCUAUUCUUUUUAACAUCGUCGUGGAGCCAGCCCUCCGUCUGCUGUCCGGCCUACAAGUUGGAUAUUCCCUACAUGGCAACUCUGUCUCGGCACUUGCCUAUGCCGAUGAUAUAACCAUCGCCGGCGCCACAAGAUCCGGACUACAAUCACAACUGGACCUACUGUCUUCCUGGGCCCAACAUAGUGGCCUCUCCUUCAACGCCACUAAAUGUGCCACCUUGUCUGUAGCAAACAAAUAUCACUGCUCUAACAGCUCCUCCAGCUUCAAAAUACAAGAAGCCUGCAUCCCGCAGCUCAAAAAGGAAGACCACUACUCCCAUCUCGGUAUACCAACUGGUUUUACCGUAGGCACAACAGCUGAAUCAGUUAUAGAUGGCAUCCACAAGGACCUCAGACUCGUGGACACCUCAUGCCUCGCCCCGUGGCAGAAGAUUGACUGUGUCAAUACCUUCCUACUGCCACGAUUAACAUUCCAUCUCACCCUGGGCAACACACCAAAAAAACGCCUCAACGACCUGGAUAAAACAGUUAAACGCUGCAUCAAACGCUGGAUGCACCUGCCUCAACGCGCCUCACCUGAAAUCAUCUACAUGCCCAACUGUCAAGGCGGGGCCAACGUAACACCGUGCGGCAUCCUCGCCGACAUUGCACAGGUGAGUCACGCCACUAACCUUUUCUUAUCCAGAGACCCCACCAUCUCCAACCUUGCCACCAAGACGCUCGAGAAAGUCGUGGAGAAGCACAUAAGACGGAAACCCACCGGCCAAGACCUAUGCACAUACCUCACCGGGUCCAUGGAGAACGAGUUUGGGAGCGACCCAUACGACGUCCCCUCCCUCUGGACCCGCCUAAGAAUGGCAACACGAAGACUGAGAAACCGGAUCGAUCUCAACUGGCAUCCAAAUGAAGAUGGUACCCUCACCCCCUCUAUUGAUGGUAAGCCUAUCAACAAACCAACGGCAUUCAGCAUCAUCUCAACGGCCGUCAAGACCACCUUCCUCGGCUCCCUCCUUCGAAAGCCCGACCAGGGAAAGGUCUUCAAGCUUACCGCUACCAACAAAGACAGCAACCACUUCUUGCACGAUGGAAACUACAUCAGAUUCGCUGAUUGGCGAUUCAUCCAUCGUGCGAGACUUAGUGUCGUCCCUCUCCGUGGCCUUCGUCGCUUCGGAAACACCACCCAACGAUGCCGUAGAUGUCAGCGCCACCGUGAGACACUUGCCCACGUGAUCAACCACUGCCCGCCAAACCUCAGCCAGAUCACGAAGCGGCAUAACGCGAUCCUCAACAGACUUAUCAACGCCAUCGACCGUAGAAACCUAAGGAUCUACACGAAUCAACAGAUUCCCGACUUCCACAGCACGUGCCGUCCAGACCUGGUGGUAAUAAACAACAACCCUAAAACAGCGACUAUCGUCGAUAUUGCCACCCCAUUCGAAAACGACGAGGACGCUUUCAACCGUGCCAGAGAAGAAAAGAUCCGCAAAUACAACGACCUCGCAGCCCACUACAGACACAAGGGCUACGACACUUACAUCGACGCCUUCAUUGUCGGGGCCUUGGGGGGCUACGACGCCGCCAAUGAAGGUGUCAUUCAGCGAUUAGGCAUCUCCCGGAACUAUGCCAAACUUAUGAGACGCCUAAUGGUAAGCGACUGCGUAAAGGCCAGCAGAGACAUUUAUACCAAUCAUCUUGGCCCUCGCUACCAGAACUGA